CGAGCCCUUCUCGCUUUCUGUACAAAGAAAUCAAAUUCUCUAUCAGUUUACUGAGAGAAGAAGAAAGUAAAUUCUGUGUUCUUCGUCCGGCCAAAGAAUUUCUGUCUAUUUGAAGAAGAAGAAGAAGUCUGAAAAGGGAGGGGAUGUACGCAGCAGGAUCCGCGCGAAAGUCAUUCAAGGAUUCUCUCAAGGUCCUUCAAGCCGAUAUUGAGCACGUCAACACACUAGCUUCUGAUAUUUCCAGGGAGUAUGAUGGUGCUUGUCUUCAGAUGCGAAUGUCUUAUAGUCCAGCAGCACACCUGUUUCUUUUCCUAGUUAAAUGGACGGAUUGUCACCUUGCUGGUGCACUUGGUCUGUUGAGGAUUCUAAUCUACAAGGUUUAUGUUGAUGGAUCCACGACAAUGUCUAUCCAUGAGAGGAAAGCGAGUAUCAGAGAAUUCUAUGGUGUUAUAUAUCCUUCAUUGUUGCAACUUGAAAGAGGGGUUAAUGAUUCAGAAGAUACACAACAACAUAGAACAAUCGAAAGGUACUGCAGAAGAAGAGACGAGAAUGAAAACAGACAAUGUUCAGACAUUGAAACUGAAAGAGAAGAAGAAUGUGGUAUAUGUAUGGAGAUGAAUAGUAAGAUUGUUCUUCCUAAUUGCAAUCACGCCAUGUGCUUGAAAUGUUACCAUGAAUGGCGCACAAGAUCACAGUCUUGCCCAUUUUGCCGUGAUAGCCUGAAGAGGGUCGGUUCUGGCGAUCUUUGGAUGCUAAUGGACAGCCGGGACAUAGUUGACAUGACGACAUUGACGAGAGAAAAUGUGAGACGACUUUUCAUGUAUAUAGAUAAGUUGCCUCUUGUUCUUCCUGCUGCAUUCUUGGGGCCUUAUGAUACUCAUCUUAGGUAGUUAUUUUAUGUCCAAAAUUGUACAUCACAUUCACUGUGUAAAGUUUUUUAACUUUCUAAUUCUGAAACCAGGACAUGCAAAUUCCAUGUUUUAUUAAUAACAAUAAUAUAUGGUUUC